AUGGAUUUCAUUGCCGGGGCCAUUGGAGGUGGUCUAAGCACAGCAGUGGGUUAUCCGCUGGACACAGUGAAGGUGAGAAUUCAGACCGAGAAGCAUUACAAUGGGAUUUGGCACUGCAUACAAGAAACGUACAGGACAGAAAAAGUCUGGGGAUUUUACAAAGGUAUGACUGCGUCGGUCCUCACAGUGUCGAUGAUUUCUUCUGUUUCAUUUGGCACGUACAGAAACUCCCUUUGCACCAUCUGCAAGCUGCGAUACGGGGCUGCCGACGCGAAGCCGUCCAAGCUCGAUGUUUCUCUUGCCGGAGGUGCUGCAGGUGUUGCCCGGGUUGUACUGACGAAUCCUAGCGAAGUGGCCAAGGUUCGCAUGCAGACUCAGAGGAACCCACACCCUUCUGUUGCAUCUCCUCAGCCUGUUUCUAAGCCAAAGUACCGAGGGUCUCUGCAUUGUCUGAAGGUGAUCGCCAAGGAAGAAGGUUUCAGGGGUCUCUACAAGGGCUGCUCCGCAUUAUUCUGCAGGGACUGCUCUUCUUCUGCAGUGUAUUUCCUUACCUAUUCUACUCUUUGUGACUGGCUCACACCAACUGGGAAAAAUAAACCAGGUUUCCUCGUUGUGCUGCUUUCUGGUGGCUUCGCUGGAGUCGUGGCCUGGGGGUUAGUUACUCCCAUGGAUGUCAUCAAAUCACGGAUGCAAAUAGAUGAAUCGGACCAGCACAAGUACAAAGGCCUCAUCCACUGCACCAGGGAAAGUGUGAGAAAGGAGGGUGCAAAAGUGCUUUUCAAAGGACUGAGUUUAAACUGCAUUCGUGCCUUUCCUGUGAACAUGGUGGUCUUUGUAACAUAUGAAGCUGUACUGAGAUUUACAGAUUGUUAUACAAACAAAAAAUAG